CUCCAGAGAAUCAUCCUUUUGCCUGGGAAGGAGAGAUGGACAACAGUGUCUACAACAAGGUGACACAGAGUCCGCUGGCACAUCCCAACUAUCAGCUCCAUUUUGCUGUGCAGCAACUUCAGCAGCAGAAACUUCAGUCACGACAGCUGUUGGAACAAAGCCAAACCCGGCACCAGGCUCUCUUUGCCAACUACUCACAAUCCAGCACUAGCCAUGUAUCUACGCCAGCUGGCUCUGAUGCCCGCAAGACAUCAAGUGCCACUUCUAGUAUCCAGAAGGCAGCCAGUUUGCACAAAGUGAUGCCAUCCCAGAGUACGCCUUCUCAGCUGGUUCCAAAGCCUCCAGCAAACCACAGGCAGGCAGUGGUCAGAAAGGCUGCAGCCCAGAGGAUUUCCAAGGUGACCUCCACUGAAAGGCAACUGAAUGGAUUCCAGAACAGCCUUCACAGUGCUGCAUCCUGUGAGCCAGGGACAAAUUCCACAGCCUCUGCUCACCGAGAAGGACUAACACUGAACACCAGGUGAGGAAUUCGGGGUGUUGCUUCAAGUAUGGGGCAAAGGAAAAAGCAGCACUGACUUCAUACCACCACACUCCCAUAACACCCAGGAAAGUGCGAAGAGGAGGCUCUGGUGAGAGGACAACCCACCAAGGAGAGUACCUGAACAUCUGUGGAAGCUGGUGAUAUACCUGCAAGCUGAGGUGAAUGAUUGCCUCUGAGACCUGCUGCUGCUGAGUCUGGGGGUGCCUUCCUCCACCCUCUUCCUGAUCGCUAACUGUGAGAUCUUUCUAUAAGACAGAGGUCCUCUAGCUGUCUGUAUUGUUCUUCCUAAGGUACAAGUUUGAACAUAAAGUCUCAUUUGCUCAACCAUUUCAGUCUGUCCUAGUCUGGUAACAGCCAAGACUCUCUGCUGUCAUCACAUGGCAACCAUCAGUAGAGAAAAAUAUUAGAACAUAUGAGUGGAGACAUCUGUGUUGGUUGCCAUCUUGAAUUUUGGCACAGAGCCAUAGAGAUGAUUGGUUUGAAUAAAGUAAUUUCAUUUGUUUGUUUUG